GACCAAGGCAGAAUUUGGGCUCCAGGAGAAGAAGGCAAAGAGGCUCCAGGCGGGUAUUCUGUGACAAAGGCAAGACCCCAGAUCUGCUUAGAGCGAGGCAGGUGAAGGAGACAGCCAGGUGGGUCCCCACGUCUCCUGACAGUAUGGAUUAUAAGUCAAGCCUGAUCCAGGAUGGGAACCCCAUGGAGAACCUGGAGAAGCAGCUGAUCUGCCCCAUCUGCCUGGAGAUGUUUACCAAGCCAGUGGUCAUCUUGCCAUGUCAACACAACCUCUGCCGGAAGUGUGCCUGUGACAUCUUCCAGCAGGCUGCAAAUCCCUACUGGGCCAACCGGGGUGGCUCAGUGUCCAUGUCUGGAAGCCGUUUCCGAUGCCCCUCCUGCCGCCAUGAAGUGAUCAUGGACCGUCAUGGAGUGUACGGCCUGCAGAGGAAUCUGCUGGUGGAGAACAUCAUUGAUAUCUACAAGCAGGAGUGCUGCAGUCGGCCCCUGCAGAAAGGCAACCACCCCAUGUGCAAGGAGCACGAAGAUGAGAAAAUCAACAUCUACUGCCUCACGUGUGAGGUGCCCACGUGCUCCAUGUGCAAGGUGUUUGGGGUCCACAAGGCCUGCGAGGUGGCCCCACUGCAGAGUGUCUUCCAGGGACAAAAGACUGAGCUGAGUAACUGUAUCUCCAUGCUGGUAGCAGGGAAUGACCGUGUUCAGACCAUCAUCACUCAGCUGGAGGACUCCUGUCGAGUGACCAAGGAGAACAGUCACCAGGUGAAGGAAGAGCUGAGCCGGAAGUUCGACGUGCUGUACGCCAUCCUGGAUGAGAAGAAGAGUGAGCUGCUGCAGCGGGUCACGCGAGAGCAGGAGGAGAAGCUCAGCUUCCACGAGGCCCUCAUCCAGCAAUACCGGCAGCAACUGGAGAAGUCCAGCAAGCUGGUGGAGACAGCCAUCCAGUCCCUGGACGAGCCUGGCGGGGCCAUCUUCCUCUCGAGUGCCAAGCAACUCAUCAGAAGCAUUGUGGAAGCGUCCAAGGGUUGCCAACUGGGGAAGAUAGAGCAGGGCUUUGAAAACAUGGACUACUUUACUUUGGACUUAGAGCACAUAGCAGACACCCUGAGGGCCAUCGACUUUGAGACAGGUGAGGAAGAGGAGGAGUUUAUUGAAGAAGAAAAUCAGGAAGAGGAAGAGUCCACAGAGGGGAGGGAAGAAGGACACCAGUAAGGAAAUGGAUGAGGGAGAGACCGUCUAGAUGCAGAGAGACUGGGGAGGGUGGGGAUGGGCCCAGCUACCUUGGUGACAGGCCCAGGGUGGGAGGGGUCAGGGCCCCCGGAGGGGCAAAGGGGAGGUGUGUCUUCUCUCUGCUCAGAGAGCAGGAACCAGGAGCGGGACCUCACCGCUGUGUCCAGCGUCAUGAACCAGAAUUGGAAACGUGCUUGAAACAACCACACUGGAUACUUUUCUACGUUGGUGCAAAAUGGAAUAUUUUGUACAUUUUUAAAAUGUGAUUUUUGUAUAUACUUGUAUACGUAUGCCAAUUUGGUGCUUUUUGUAAAGGAACUUUUGUAUGAUAAUGCCUGGUCAUCGUGUGAUGGAAGAUUGUUAUAAAGAAGGGAAAGAAGCCAGGUUGAUACAGCCACCCACUUCCUCUCCUUGGUGGGAGGGGCUCCGUAGCACUCACAGACCCAGGAAAGGAUAAGGUACUGUAUUUCAGUGUCUAUUCCUGACAUAAGGGACAGCGACUGAGUUCGUGUUACAUGUUGUUUUAAUAAAUGCACAGCGCUUUCUUCCCUUUA